AUGGACGGGGAUGAUGAUGAUGAUGAUGAUGAUGAUGAUGAUGAGAGAUGCAGGACGGCAAGGCGCCUUCUCUGUUGCACCAAGGUGUUGGACGACUCUGGUAUCUCUCCUGCGUCGCAGGAAACAAAACGAACGUGGUUAACCCGUCUACAGACCAGCUCUCAAACCUGCGUUGCGGAACAGCGGCGAAGGUUUGGAGCUUCGCCGGGUUCCGGGGGUUGA